CUAAAAACGUCAUAAAUCAUGCACCAGACAUAACAACGCGUCUGUCACAGAAUGUCACGCAAAUUCUGUUUACUCUUGAGCUCUCUUGUCUUUUUACUGCCCCGCCAAUCCAAAGAUUAUUCCCGCUCAACGAUAAGGCUGACAAUCUCAACGCUGAAAGCUUUCCAUUUUUGGAUAUUCUGCAAUGCCAGCUUCUCCACCCGAUAUUAUUAAACGGCCAGCAAGGACUUAUGGUCGUCCAAAACCAGCAAUCGAGGUUUCUACCUCAAAGCCCUCUACAAACAUAUAUAAUUCCAUAGCUAGUGAUGAUAGCCUCCUGAACAUGGGCUCCGACACGCCUGGCGAGGCUCCACCUACCUCUGAACCUUCAAAUUCUCCGCUUGUUGAGGCAGAAAAUGAUGGAAGAAACAGGGAUGACGGGGGCAAUAAAGACGCGUCGUCUGGCUAUCCUUGGAAGUGGACGAUCGACAUAAAGCAUAUAGAUGAAAGCGAGGACGAAGGUGGUGGUUCUUCUCAGAAAACAGAGUCGUCAGGGGAUAAAUGGUCCAAGCCCACCGAUCCGGAACCUUUGUUUUCUGAACAAAGGGACGGCCAUAUAUCGCACACUCUAGCCUCUCCUUCUCAUGAAACAGAGCUUUUGUUAUCCCAAGAUGCUUUCUCCGACUCGCUCUCGAAAUUAGCCCCAUCGUCGUUUGGGCAUUCGCACCGAACAUCAGCAUCUCCAACUCCUUCACCAACUUUCCUUCGACAACGCGUCUCUAAGCACAUCAAAUGUGUGGAAUCUGACGGGGAAGUUGAGCGAGAAACGGACAGAAGCUCAUACUCAUCGUCACCAGUGAAACAUCCAAUCAAUACCCCACAAACUCGCUCUUCAACUACCCCUCCGACAUCUGACGCCGAGGACGAGAUGCCUUCUCGAAAAGCCAAAACCCAUUCUAAGGGAAAGUCUGUCGCAAUUAUGAACCCUUUGGUACUCCAACCUGCAGUCGACUUAGAUGUACGAAAGGCUAAAGGAAAACGAUCACAGUCCAACAAAGUCAAGGCUCCGACGAAAAAAGAACGUCGAGAUACAGUUAUAGAACGUCAACGGAUGAAUGCAGAGAAACCAGUAUCUAUCCCUCGCGUACAACGCAGUAGCAAACUGACGUUCAAUAAUCUUUUGAGUAAAAUUGCUGGAAACACGCCGGCACCCUUGAAAGGAGAGGAUUCAAUGGAUCCAAUAUCCGAAUUUUCAGAGUACUCCUCCCCUACCAGUAACCGCAGUGCGGUCGUUCCGGCCGAUACAAAGCUUACAGAAGCAGAAACCCCUCGUACAUCCAUGCCAGAACUUCCUGACGGCGCUGACUCCGACGAGGAACAGCUUCCAGAUAUAGACCAGUUGCUCAAAAGCCUCCAAGAAAAGAAACUGCUGGCUCUGCAGCAGCAGGGGCAACUGCGCUCGAGUGCAUUAGCGUCAGAUGAUGACGAUGACUUGGAGAUUGUAGAUAAUCCAAGCACUAGCAUACAGGUUGCGAUACAGAAAGAAGCUGAUGCGAGAAAAUCUGGUCGGCCCGGCAUUACGGCGAGUACUCGAAUUCUCCAGAAGCAUGCUGGGAUAUCUAGUUCCCGUCGCACGGGUGAAGUCGCGUCUGCUUCACAAGCUCUUAACUCCAGGGAGUUGAAUGAGGUCUUGUUAAAGAGGGUCAAUGCUGAGAACACACGCAGGACACAACAAAAGACUGAGGAGUGGAUCAGCAGAGGAGGGAAACCACUGGGACCAGAGAUUCAAGCGUCCGAACGACAUGGUCUGGAUUGGUAUGCACAAAAAGCAUUGGAGGACCUGAAAAAGACGGGCACAGAGAACCGAAAUCACCAUCAGAGAGGGACUGACGACCAAGAAGAUGAAGAGUGGACUUCCUUGCGGGGAUCUGCGAGUCCUGCCGUUGUUGAUCAAGAUAGUAGCAACGAGUACGAAGAAAACGAAGGGGAUGAUGAAGAAGGUUUCGAAGAUGACCAGGACAUCACAAUGGUGAAUGAAGACACUCAAGACGAAGAUAUUCCAACUCAAGUUGAUCUUCCUCACCGACGAGCCGUGCGACCUAUCGUGAAUUCGGACACUGAAGAUGAAGACAACGAAAAUCUCUUUGCACGACGUCAUUCACUCGGAAAAGUCCUUGUGCAGGAUUCAAUGAUUCUGGACCAGGACUCCGACAAAGUUUCCCCCGUUCCUCAGUUUGCCCGCCGUCAAUCGGAUUCUUCCUAUGACGGGGGGGCUACCGAAGACGAGUGUGACAAGGAGAACAACGACCGACUCAUGUAUGAUCGGAGUGAAGAUAAGGAAAAUACUUCUGUUAUUCAGCAUGAAUUAUUGAACCAUGGACCUUCACCAGGACGUCGGAGCUCUGUCCAUAAUCUUGAGGAAGGCUUAUCGAGUCGUCUUUCAGUAUCUUUGGAUGGUUACGCCACAGACGAGGACAAAGAAAAUCCUCGCAGUCCUCUGAAAACCCUUAGCGUUUCUGAAAUCGAGCCCUUCACUCCUGCCGCUGUCUCCUUUGCGAUAAGGCUUGAGCGAGCGACUUCUACAGCAUCUAUCGCUGAUAAACCUCCUGAUCCCUUGCUUUCUCCUCGAGUCUCUCGUGAAUCUCAGAUGUCCGGCUUCUCUCAAUUUUCGGACGACGGAGAGGGAUUUCGGCCAAAAAAAUUAGAGGCUGGCUUUUCCGGGUUCUUCGAUAGUCAGAUACCUUCAAGUUCUUCUAGUCCGCUUUUGGGAAGCUUGACGGAACCGGGCCAGUCAAACAAUUUCUUUGAUAAGCUCCGCAGGAAUAAUCCGCUUGCCCUCACCCAAGAAGUCGGUCUGCAACCUGCGCUCGAAGUUGAUGAAAGUCUGAAGCGUCAAGCUGACGAGGUCUUUGAGAGGGAGCAGGAACUGAUCAUUGAAACGGUGAACGCGUCCACCAGCAAGAAACCAGAGUUAUAUAUAAAUGAUCAAGGAUUUCUUACCCAAACCCGCCCUGACGGAAAUGUAGAGGUAUAUCGUCCUCCACCAACACCAUCUCAGUUUUUCUCGCAAAAUGGACAAUUUGCUACUCAGGCAAUUUCGAGCCAGGGCCUCACUAGGCGGCCCUUCCGCGAAUUAUCUAUGUCUGAAGCCGAAUCCACGGAGGAUACCCCAGUGCGUAGAAAUCGAUUGCAUCGUCUCAAGAAGCGAGAUGAGUCUGGGUCAUCUUCAAGUGCUCAGCUCUCAAAUAUUUUUGGAGAACGUUCUAUUUCGCCCCCUCUACCUAGCCCCAGACCCCGAAGACAUCGACCCGUGGAAUCUCAAAUUCGAAAAAUUGGGCGAAGGCUGGAAAAAUCGGAAUUUAUCGAAGGGGAGGCGCAGGAGAGUGAUGAAGAUGAAAUGUUUGGUUUCCGUAAAGUCGAGGAGGAUGAGGAGGAUGGAGAACACCUGGACCGUAAUCUCGAAACUCUGGUAGACGAUAAAGAAUUGGACCAGACACAGAUAGCAGAAGACAGAGUUCUGGAGAAAUUUCAAGAACAACGACAAGCGGAUGAUGCUCACGUUGAGGAUGUGGCCCACAAGCUUGCCCAAGGUCAUUUUCGCAACGGCAAGAGAUCCAGAGGUCAAGCCAGUAUUGAUAACAGUGAUGAUGACGAUGAAGAAGACGAGACGGGUCGUAGGGUCCGAUGGAAAAUGAAGAAGGAGCCUGAGCUUAGGGGAGAUAUCAAAUCAUUAGCCGGACAAGACGCAACUCGGGCGUUUGCUGAACAAUAUCAGGCGGCAAUCAAUAGCGAUGGAGAUCCUGAACUGGCGUUCCUUCAGGGAGAUGACGCCAACGAUAUCAUUAUGACGGGGCCGAACUAUGGGCAGGAUGACGAGGACGAUGCGAACGAAGACGACGAGGACGACGAGAAUACUGUCAACACAAGUGAUAUCAUGCGCCAGUUACGAGAAGCAGCAAAACGUGGCAAGGAUGACUGUCCAGCUAUAGACCCAAACGAUUUAUCGUUUGUUGAUGCAGACAACGACGACGAGGAUGAAGAUCUUCCUCGGGUGCGCCAUGUCACCAAUGCCAAUAUUCAUACUCGGGGAACUCGUAAAGGUGCUGUAGGGACCCUCGUUUUCGACCCUACGGAGAAUCAUAGAUCGGAAUUGAUGGUAGACGAACAAGGACGUCAACGAGCGCAAGAAUACGUGAAAAAUGAAAACCGGCUUCGAAGAAUGGGCACCGGUCGGUCGGUUGUCGGAGGUAUUUCAGUCGUGGGUAAUAGGCAUCCGAAUUCUCGAGUCGGCUCGCACGCUCGCAACAACCCGACGACUUCGAAGAAGCCUCCACCAAUCAAAGCUGCACCUAGCAUAUUGAAGGGACUGACUCGUAAGGAACAUUUCCAAUAACCAGUAAUGCAAUCACUCAGGAGUUAGCAU